CUUUCAAGUAACCUGAUAAUUCUCAGCUAGUUUGUUUUCAAAACUCUAAAAAGUAACUUCCGUUGUUUGUGGUUGGCCUAAGAAGAAAGGGCCAACCCUUAACGAGUAACCCGAUUUAUUGACGAAACAUCGGUCUAGUCCGUUGCCUUUUCCUUUUACUUGGCAUACCGUGACUCGGAAGCCAUUUCGCAGUAAAAAAAAUAACGAAUGGUCUUGCUAGCCAAUGAUAGAAGUCUUGGUUUCUUAGUGUAGGUCGCCUAGGGGAGGGCGUUUGGCAGGGACGUGUGAUCUAGGCGAUCACUAAUAAGAUUAGAUCAACUCAUUUGCUUUUAGACAGAAGUGGCGUUAAUUGAAUUUCAAUUUUGACACGACUCGUAAUAGAGCGUAACGAUGCGUGUGAUUUGUCACGAACGGUAAAUACGAAACGAUAAACGAAUUUGUAGAAAGCAAUUAUUAACCUUGUCACGAAAUGCUGCUAGACAUUGGAAGAACAUUCGCCUUUUGAGAACGGUGACCUCUAGGUAACUCUCUGAAACUCGAGAUUCAACUAAGUAGGUGAACCAGUCAUGCAACGCUCGCUGUGAUUUUUAAUAUUUCCAUGCUACCCGGGGUUUGAUGUGGUUGAGUUGCUUUCCAAACAAUGUUACAAUAGAGAAUUGAUGCUCUCGUAAGAGAGCAGCACCGGGAGUGGGCUGAUUCGCGGGUAUUUAGAUGACAGCGUUAUAGCUUGCAUAAAGACGAUUGCAUUAGGGGUCAAGCGGACACAUCCUACGAAUUUUGCGAGUGUGCGGGUUUGCAAUCAAUCUGCACUAUUACCACUAGAGUGCGCAUCUCUGAACCGGCGGGAUUUCAAAAAUGGCGAGAUUCAAGACAUCUAGCAGUAGCAGUUCCUAUAAGUCUUCCUCGAGCAGUAAAUCCUUCACGAGUUCUGGCUCUGAGGCCGCUGGUUCCCUCUCCAUGAGCUUUAAGAAGUCGGAGUCGAGCGGGGGUAAUACCCUUAAAUCCACGCGUAUCAACAUCAAUCAAGAACAUGUACCCAAUUUCGCAUUUGUGAGGCCUCAAAUACUACCAGUGUUGAAGCCGAAGAGCUGGGAGCGCUCUACGAAAGAUAUGAUUAAGAAAGUCGAGCCGACAAAACCAACAGAUGUUUUGUUUUUCUCGGUGAAAACACUCCCAGGCACUGCACUAGGAUAUACCCUCGCAAUUGUAGGAGAAGAUGGAUCAAUGCAAUACAUUUUGAAGAGUUAUCUGGAAGCGUGGAAUAUCACAGAAAAAGUUAUCAUGGAUGUUGCUUUACGGAAUCUGGAACGGAGACUCGAAAUGAACGGAGUGGACCCGUGGAAGCAGAGCCGAGUAGGGGUGUACUAUAUCGAUAACCUGGGCUCCGUCUCUGCAUCUGUGGUGCUAAUCCCACGCUAUAUCGAUGGAUUAGAUGUCGGGGAUGGCGACUAUGUAGUAGUUGUACCGGCUGGGGAUGUGUGUAUGGUGGCUGGCGCCAAAGAUGAGACCAAGUUGUGCAUUAUGGGUGAAGUGGCGCUCAAGUACUCAAAAGAUCCCCAGCGAUUCAACAUCAAGCCUCUACGCUUCCACAAAAACAGAUUCAGCGAGUAUGUCCCUAAGAUCUACGCCAAAGAACAAAUUGUUCCCAAAUCUAUGGACGAAGUGGCCAAGAUACGGCUAAGGUUGAAACCCAUCAAGAAGGAAAAAUAACCUCGGUGUUUACUGCACGGAUAAGAAAGAUUAUGUAAGGAUUUGUAACAAACCAUAUCGGAUGCGGAUAAACUAAUUAGCUAUUUCAAAUAUUCAAUCUAAUUGAUGACAGCUUUUCUUUAUAUGAGGUCAAAAGGCGCAGACUUGUGACGUCAUAAGCUGUCAGGCUGGGAGACUGGGUCUACCUUGUUCUGCUAAUUUUCGCGCGUACUUAAAUUCGCGGUUUUCGCGAUUUCAAAAAAUUCGCGAAAAGACUCGCGAAAAAUAAAGAGCGAAAACUUUAAUUUAAUCUCGCGAAAUUUAUUAAAUACUGAUCUCCUAUUAAGGACAACGAAAUUAUCGAUAAUGUCUCAGGAACAAGAACACUUUUCCAUUUCUGUGAGACUGGCUUUUUUUGUAAAAACGAAGAAAGAAGUUACUUGAAGUUCGUAUUCGCGAAAUUGAAUCCUCUGUAAACACAAUUUUUCUCCGCGUUUGCGAAAUUAAAGACUCGCGAAAUGUGCUAAGAAAUUUUAGAAGCGCGAAAAUAAAGCAUAAAGGUUCCGCUAGAAAGGGCUACUUACUGCGAGAAAAAAGGUGUUUCUUUUUAACUGUUUUGCUUUUGUAUUCUUCCUUUUUAAUAAAUGUAGAUAGAAUUUAUAAAAAAUUAAAGUUUUAAUAUGUGGUUUAAAAACGCACAACAUGUCAACAUAACUAUGAAGAUAAUACGACCAAAAAUAGAGAGCCGUUAAAAAAAGUGUAGCUAUAUUACUGUUACAUGACCGAUGCCCUUUAGGUUUGCUUACUACUAGCUACAACUUAACAUACUGCUUAAAGCCGCAUUCUCACCAGUUUACUUCCGGUCGAUUACGUAACAAUCUUCGAUUAUUUUUAACGGAAACUACGGAAAAUAUUUCAAAAUUUUAUAAGCAGUGUUUCUUUUGGAAGUUUCUUCGAGGAUUUGGCUGAUAAUUUAGAGCGGAUGGCGCAGAUUCUAAUAGAUUAGAAACUGGUGACAAUGCGGCCUUAAAAGGUACGUGAAUAAUUCAAGACAGAAAUAGUGAAGGGCCAUCUAUCUUUGUGCUAUAAAUUGUUUCCAAAAGCUAAA